GUAUCGCCUUAGUGUUCGUGUGCAGGUCUGCAAGGGGGUGAGCCGGGGAAGCUCACCUCCAAGACAGUGGAGCCGCCGCUGGCUGCGCGUGGCAGCCAAGAAGCUUAUAUUGGCACCUCUGUAGGAAAAAGUCUCUAACGAGGAGGGAAACAAAUCAUAAUGUUUCCUUCUCUGGCUUCUCUCCCCGUUGUCUGGAAAGGCACCCCCGUAGAAGGCUGAAGCGCCCCAGAAGCGCCCUCCCCCUCACAACCUCGACGCACGACCCUCCACCCUUCUUGGACUCCUGGCUGCCGGCUCCCCACUUCCCCUCCCACUUUCCCUCGGUGUGAGCUGGAAUUGAGGAUGAGGAAGGAAAUAAGGGGCCAGGCUGGAGCUGCGGAGCACUUCCCCGAGCACUUGGACCACUUCGUGGAGAACAUGGACGACUUCUCCAACGACCUGUUCAGCAGCUUCUUCGAUGACCCAGCGCUGGAUGAGAAGAGCCCCCUGCUGGACAUGGAACUAGACCCCCCAGCGCCAGCCAUCCAGGCAGAGCACAGCUACUCACUGAGCGGGGACUCAGCACCCCAGAGCCCUCUGGUGCCCAUCAAGAUGGAGGACACCACAGAAGACGUGGAACACGGAGCGUGGGCACUGGCACACAAACUCUGCUCCAUCACGGUGAAGCAGGAGCAGAGCCCGGAGCUGCCCGUGGACCCGCUGGCCGCCUCCUCAGCCAUGGCCGCCGCUGCCACCAUGGCCCCCACACCCCUGCUGAGCCUCAGCCCCCUGUCCAGGCUGCCCAUCCCCCACCAGGCUCCAGGAGAGAUGACUCCGCUGCCAGUGAUCAAAGCAGAGCCCCAGGAGGUGAGCCAGUUCCUCAAAGUGACACCAGAGGAUCUGGUACAGAUGCCGCCGACGCCCCCCAGCAGCCACGGCAGUGACAGCGAUGGCUCCCAGAGCCCCCACUCCUUGCCCCCCUCCAGCCCUGCCCGGCCCGUGGCCCGCUCCUCCAGUGCCAUCUCCACCUCCCCCCUCCUCACCGCCCCACACAAAUUACAGGGGACAUCAGGGCCACUGCUCCUGACCGAGGAGGAGAAGCGCACCCUGAUUGCUGAGGGGUACCCCAUCCCCACCAAACUGCCCCUCAGCAAGGCAGAGGAGAAGGCUCUGAAGAGGGUUCGAAGGAAAAUCAAGAACAAGAUCUCAGCCCAGGAGAGCCGUCGUAAGAAGAAGGAAUACGUGGAGUGCCUGGAAAAGAAGGUGGAGACGUUUACAUCGGAGAACCACGAGCUGUGGAAGAAGGUGGAGACCCUGGAGAGCGCCAACAGGAACCUGCUCCAGCAGCUGCAGAAGCUCCAGACGCUGGUCACCAGCAAGAUCUCCAGGCCUUACAAGAUGGCGGCCACCCAGACUGGGACCUGCCUCAUGGUGGCGGCCUUGUGCUUUGUCCUGGUGCUGGGCUCCCUCGUGCCCUGCCUGCCCGAGUUCUCCUCCGGCCCCCAGAGUGUGAAGGAAGACCCGGCUGCAGACAGCAUCUACACCCACAGUCAGAUGCCCUCCAGGAGCCUGCUGUUCUACGACGAGGGCGCCCCUUCGUGGGAGGACGGCCAUGGGGCGCUGCUGCCCGUGGAGCCCCCGGAAGGCUGGGACCUCCAGCCCGGGGGCCCUGGGGAGCAGCAGCCCCAGGACCCACUGCAGCUCGACCACCUGGACGGCACCCACGAGACCACCAAGUACCUGGCCCCUCCUCUCCUUCAGCCCUUCUCCUCUCCCUGCUUAUGA